AUGGCAGUCUUCGACAGUGUGGGACUGUCCCGACUGGGGCUUGUCUGCGAAGUCGGUGUCUCCGUUUGCCAAGCGAGCGAACCAGCGCUUGACAGUCCUGAUGGUAGUGGUGCUAUCGCCCAAUCUGCUGUUGAUGUUGCUGGCUGCUGCCGUUGCUCCAAUGCCGCCACGCCAUCCAUAGAAGAUGAUAACUCGAAGUUGUUCUUCGUAAUUGACAUCGUGAUCAAAGUUAAAGAAGGCCCCCUGGCUAUAUAUACUUAUUGUGUAGAAGGUGUAAGAAUGUUCUACAUUUACAACAUGCUCCAACAUGGGUUCCGCCUAAAAAUGUGA